GAAUAAUAAACGAAACCCACACAACACAAUUUCAAUAACUACUAGUGUCUCCCGAAGAAAAAGAGUAGCACUCGAUUGUACUUCCGCAGUGUUUGUCUCUCUCCGCCAUUUCUCUUUCCAAUCCAAUGGCAACCCCUUCCGCCACUGCCGCAACCACCACCAACGGCAACCCAGCAGAAGAAAACCCUCUCGAAACCCUAGACCCUACCUCACCCAAACCCCACUCAGAGUCAGAUCCAAUCCCCGCCGACAAAGACGCUGAUGACGACAAAUCCAAAGAGACAACUCCGACUGAACCUGAAACCGACGCUCCACUUUCCGAUGUUCAGAAGAAAAUGCGCCGCGCCGAACGAUUUGGUAUUACCGUUAAGUUAUCCGAGAAAGAAAAGCGUAAUUCACGAGCCGAAAGGUUUGGCACUGCGUCUGUAUUACAAGGACCUGAGGGAAAAAAAGAUGAGGAUCUGAAGAGGAAGGCUAGGGCAGAGAGGUUUGGAAUGCCUACUCCUACUUCAGCUGCCGAUGAUGAUGCAAAGAAGAAAGCUCGUCUUGCUAGGUUUGCUGCACCGGGUUCUAAGACCGAUCCUGCGGAAGAAGAUAAAAAGAAAGCAAGAGCACUUAGGUUUUCAAAUGCAUCAUCAAAACCUUUGUCUCAAGUCAAUUCUGAGGCUAACAUUGAGCCUGCGGCUAUUGCUGGCAAUGCUGGAGGAGGGACCUGAUUUUGCAGCAUGUUUCUCAUGUUGUAGGAUUUUUUUUUCUUUUUCUUCUAUUCUAGUUUUUAGCACUUCAAUUUCGCAGAGUGGCUUCCACACCGUAUCUACUUUUGAACCGUUAAUCCCCGGAAGCAUCUAUCUUUCCUUGUUUACUGAUACCUUCCUCCAAGCUGUGGAUCGAUGCAAGUGAUCAGAAGUAGCUUGCUUUUGUUGUCUCAGUAUUGGCUCACUAGGCGACACCUUUGGGUAAUUAUUGGUCGUCUUCAUAGUGUUACUUAUCUUUAAAUCAGCAAGUUUUUGAAAUUUUAGAAGCUACAACUUAAAAAUUUUAGAUGAAUGCAAGUUUUUUUUUUGGGGAAAGGAAGCUUAGUUGUUUAUAAUUAUCUACUGCUAGUGAAAUGCUCAUUAUCAUUGUGCCAAAAGGUAGUGCCUGAUUGGUUUUACUGAUCCAACGUCAUGCUGAUCCAGAAUCUGGUAAUGUUUGCUUAGGAAUAGGCCCUUAUUACAGAUUAGCUUGCAUAUAAGAUGAACGUUUUUUGGUUAAUGCAUGUCAUAUGUUUUGGGUAAAGUUAGAUUACAUCGUCUUCUAAGAGUAAUAAUGUUCUCUCAGGUUUGUUUCUUUUAAUGGUUCUAGGUCUAACUGAUCACUACCGAUAAUGGCGGCCUAAGCCUUUUUACUUGCAUCUGAAAAUGUUUUCCUCAAAUCCGUUGCUGUUCUGGGUUUUCCUUGUUGUCUGCUUAUCCCUACUAUUACAUAACUUUUAUGGUUGUAACGUUUUUGGUUAAAAUGGAAAGAAGUUAUUAAGGCACAUUACAUGAAUCUGAAGCAUGUUUGUUUUAAAGGGAUCAAUGUACUAUGUAUCGGUGCUGGUAGACAUGCAUCAUCUUUAGUGUAAAACUAUUGUUGUUCUUCCUAAGUGGAUCAGUAUGAACGUUGGACCUAUGUUUCUGAUACUAUCUUCUGGCACUAGCUCGUGAAUAGAUAACGGUAAGCUGAAUGUUUCAGAUGAAAACUAUGGCUGAAUUAUGUUGCUUUUUUACGUAGGGGCUUAAACUCUGUUUUUAUAAAAGGCUGUAGCUUCUAAUUUUUAAUAUCUUUUGCUGAUACUUUAAGAUAAGUGAACGCUUUGAGGUUUUAUUUGUUUAGUUGCCAGAACAUAGAAUUGUAUAUCUGUAGUGCUGGAUGUGGAGAAAACUCUUUGAAAUAGUACCUUGUAAUCUAUUUUUAGGUUUUUUUGUGGACCAAAGUUUGGAGAAUAUAUUCUGUUUCUGGGGUUAACAUUUUUGCUUGGUUCGAAUGAAUGGAAGGACCGUUAUUUCAUGCAA